UAUAAGGCUCAGUCCUGUGGCCCUGAAACCUGGUCCUGGCUGGAGUAAGAACCGCAUAGAACCCUUAGCAACCUAACUUCCUCCCUAGCAACAGAUCUCCUUGGAGCUCCUCCCCAUUUGAAGCCAGGAAGGGGCGUAAAACCGGAUGUUGACUGUUUUACCAUAGUAAUGCACACAAAUCCGGAAGUGACGCCAGAAGAGGAGGACGUGAAGGCUACAGGGUAUCCACGUGGGUGCUGAGCGUGUUUCUACGUCCCUGGAAGCCGGUCGUUUAAGCUCAGUGCUGGCCACGGCUUAGUCAACAUGGGUCGCUCGGGAAAGUUGCCCUCUGGUGUCUCAGCUAAGUUGAAGCGCUGGAAGAAAGGCCACAGCAGCGACAGCAAUCCCGCCAUCUGCCGCCACCGCCAGGCCGCCCGCAGCCGCUUCUUCAGCCGGCCGUCAGGAAGGAGUGACCUGACAGUCGAUGCUGUGAAGUUACAUAAUGAGCUGCAGUCAGGGUCCUUGCGCUUGGGCAAAAGCGAAGUCCCCGAGACGCCCAUGGAAGAAGAGGCAGAGCUGGCUCUCACCGAGAAGUCCUCGGGCACCUUCCUGAGUGGCCUUUCCGACUGCACAAACGUCACCUUCAGCAAAGUGCAGCGCUUCUGGGAGUCCAACUCGGCUGCCCACAAGGAGAUUUGUGCUGUUUUGGCUGCUGUCACUGAGGUGAUUCGCUCCCAGGGAGGGAAGGAGACAGAGACUGAGUACUUCGCUGCUCUGAUGACAACAAUGGAAGCAGUGGAGUCCCCGGAGUCCCUGGCCGCCGUUGCUUACCUGCUGAACCUUGUCCUGAAGCGUGUUCCCAGCCCUGUGCUCAUUAAGAAGUUCUCUGAUACCUCCAAAGCCUUCAUGGAUAUCAUGUCAGCCCAGGCCAGCAGCGGCUCCACCUCUGUCCUCCGAUGGGUCCUUUCCUGCCUGGCCACCCUUCUGCGGAAGCAAGACCUGGAGGCCUGGGGCUACCCUGUGACCCUUCAGGUGUACCAUGGGCUGCUGAGCUUCACGGUGCAUUCCAAGCCCAAGAUCCGGAAGGCUGCCCAGCAUGGAGUAUGCUCAGUCCUCAAGGGCAGUGAAUUCAUGUUUGGCGAAAAGGCCCCUGCCCAUCAUCCUGCUGCCAUUUCCACUGCCAAGUUCUGCAUCCAGGAGAUAGAGAAGUCUGGAGGCUCCAAGGAGGCCACCACCACGCUGCACAUGCUGACGCUGCUGAAGGACCUGCUGCCCUGCUUCCCAGAAGGCCUGGUGAAGAGCUGCAGUGAGACUCUCCUCAGGGUCAUGACCUUGAGCCAUGUGCUGGUGACAGCCUGUGCCAUGCAGGCCUUUCACAGCCUCUUCCACGCCAGGCCUGGCCUGAGCACCCUGUCGGCAGAGCUCAACGCCCAGAUCAUCACGGCCCUGUACGACUAUGUUCCCAGUGAGAAUGAUUUACAGCCCCUGCUAGCCUGGCUUAAGGUCAUGGAGAAAGCCCACAUCAACCUGGUGAGGUUGCAGUGGGACCUGGGGCUAGGCCACCUCCCUCGCUUUUUUGGAACCGCGGUGACCUGCCUCCUUUCCCCACACUCGCAAGUAGUGACUGCUGCCACGCAGAGCCUCAAGGAGAUCCUGAAGGAAUGCGUGGCUCCCCACAUGGCUGAUAUUGGCUCUGUGACCUCCUCAGCCUCGGGCCCUGCCCAGUCUGUUGCCAAGAUGUUCAGGGCAGUGGAGGAGGGCCUGACAUACAAAUUCCAUGCGGCCUGGAGCUCCGUGUUGCAGCUGCUGUGUGUCUUCUUUGAGGUGUGUGGGAGACAGGCCCACCCUGUGAUGAGGAAGUGCCUCCAGUCCCUGUGUGACCUGCGCCUCUCCCCUCAUUUCCCCCACACGGCGGCUCUCGACCAGGCAGUGGGGGCUGCGGUGACCAGUAUGGGACCUGAGGUGGUGCUGCAGGCUGUGCCUUUGGAAAUUGAUGGCUCUGAGGAGACUCUGGAUUUCCCACGGAGCUGGCUGCUGCCUGUCAUCCGAGAUCACGUUCAGGAAACGCGACUUGGUUUCUUCACCACCUACUUCUUGCCCCUGGCUAACACCCUGAAGAGCAAAGCCAUGGACCUGGCUCAGGCAGGCAGCACAGUGGAGUCUAAGAUCUACGACACACUGCAGUGGCAGAUCUGGACACUCCUGCCUGGAUUCUGCACGAGGCCUACGGAUGUGGCCACCUCCUUCAAAGGGCUGGCACGAACGCUGGGCACGGCCAUCAGCGAGCGUCCAGACCUGAGGGUCACCGUGUGCCAGGCCCUGCGUACCCUCAUCACCAAGGGCUGCCAGGCAGAGGCCGACCGUGUUGAAGUGAGUCGUUUUGCCAAGAACUUUCUGCCGAUCCUCUUCAACCUGUAUGGGCAGCCUGUGGCAGCUGGGGACACUCCAGCCCCUCGCCGGGCUGUGCUGGAAACCAUCAGAACUUACCUCACCAUCACUGACACUCAGUUGGUGAACAGUCUCCUGGAAAAAGCCAGUGAGAAGGUGCUCGACCCUGCCAGCUCUGACUUUACCAGAUUGUCUGUCCUGGACCUGGUCGUGGCCUUGGCUCCGUGUGCUGACGAAGCCGCCAUCAGCAAGCUGUACUCCACCAUCCGGCCCUACCUAGAGAGUAAGGCCCACGGGGUGCAGAAGAAGGCCUACCGAGUGCUGGAGGAGGUGUGUGCCAGUCCUCAGGGCCCCGGGGCCCUCUUCGUGCAGCGCCACCUGGAGGACCUGAAGAAGACGCUGCUAGACUCGCUGCGGAGCACCUCCUCGCCCGCCAAGAGGCCCCGUUUGAAGUGCCUCCUACACAUCGUGAGGAAGCUCUCAGCUGAGCAUGAGGAGUUCAUCACUGCCCUCGUCCCAGAGGUGAUCCUGUGCACCAAGGAGGUGUCGGUGGGCGCACGGAAGAAUGCUUUUGCGCUGCUCGUGGAGAUGGGCCAUGCUUUCCUAAGGUUUGGCUCCAACCAGGAAGAGGCCCUGCAGCGCUACCUCGUCCUGAUCUACCCUGGCCUGGUGGGCGCGGUGACCAUGGUCAGCUGCAGCAUCCUGGCCCUGACCCACCUCCUUUUCGAGUUUAAAGGUCUGAUGGGGACCAGCACAGUGGAGCAGCUGCUGGAGAACGUGUGCCUGCUUCUGGCCUCCCGCACCCGUGAUGUGGUCAAGUCCGCACUGGGCUUCAUCAAGGUAGCGGUGACUGUCAUGGAUAUGGCACACCUGGCCAAGCACGUGCAGCUGGUGAUGGAAGCCAUUGGGAAGCUUUCAGAUGACAUGCGGCGGCACUUCCGCAUGAAGCUUCGGAACCUCUUCACCAAGUUCAUCCGCAAGUUUGGAUUUGAGCUGGUGAAAAGGCUGUUGCCCGAGGAGUACCACAAAGUCCUGGUCAACAUCCGGAAAGCUGAGGCCCGGGCCAAGAGGCACCGAGCCCUGAGCCAGGCUGCCACAGAGGAGGAGGAAGAGGAGGAGGAGGAGGAGCCCACCCAGGGCAAAGGCGACAGCAUUGAGGAGAUUUUGGCUGACUCAGAGGACGAGGAGGACAAUGAGGAGGAGGAAAGAAGCCGGGGCAAGGAGCAGCGGAAGCUGGCGCGACAGAGGAGCCAGGCAUGGCUGAAGGAGGGUGGUGGGGACGAGCCCCUCAACUUCCUGGAUCCCAAGGUGGCCCAACGAGUCCUGGCCACACAGCCAGGGCCAGGCCGGGGCAGGAAGAAGGACCAUGGCUUCAAGGUGAGCGCUGAUGGGCGGCUGAUCAUAAGGGAGGAGGCAGAUGGCAACAAGACGGAGGAAGAGGAAGGCACCAAAGGUGAAGAUGAAGGGAUGGCUGACCUAAUGGAAGAUGUGAUCGUCAGGAGUGCGACUGCUCCUGUGGGACAGCUUCACCUACUGGGAGUCCUUCCUCUGCUUGGCUCCUCCGAGAGGCCACCCUUGGGCCAGUCUAGUCUCCCUUUCCAGAAAAAGCACCAGAAGCUCAAACACCAGAAAGAGGCUGAGGAGGAUGAGCUGGAGAUACCCCCUCAGUACCAAGCUGGAGGCUCUGGCAUUCAUCGCCCUGUAGCCAAGAAGGCUAUGCCUGGGGCCGAAUACAAGGCCAAGAAAGCAAAAGGUGAUGUGAAAAAGAAAGGCCGACCAGAUCCCUAUGCCUACAUCCCCCUCAACAGGAGCAAGCUCAACCGCAGGAAGAAGAUGAAGCUGCAGGGACAGUUCAAAGGCCUGGUGAAGGCUGCCCGGCGAGGUUCCCAGGUGGGACACAAAAACCGCAGAAAGGAUCGUCGGCCCUGAGGCCCAGGGCUGCCCCGUGAUCCAGCCUGAGGCCCUUUCAGCCCCCAGGCUACCUUGCCCCCAGCUCCAGGUACUCAAGAUUCCGGCAGAGCCUGGACUCAGGAUGACUUGGAACUAGGGCUUGGCUCUCAGAAGUCCUGGAUUUUGGAAACUCCAAAUGGAAUCACCCUUCAAAGACAUCCCUGGUGCCUGGAGAUGGGAAUGUGGUCUCAGUGCCUCUGAGUAGGUGCCAUGGGGCACCUUUGCUUUCUGCCCAGAGUGGCCACAAGCACCAGAGCAGAUGAUCUCUAUUUCCGCCAGCUGCUUGUACCCACAUGGCAUCCUGGCUGUGGUCUGGGUGUGUGAGAUUUAUUGUGACCAGAUGUAGAAUAAAUGUGUCUCAUCC